ACAGAGUGCCUGCCGGAAUCGGCGGCUCAGCUCGGCCUAAAAAAGCAACAGAAUAUCACAGCACCGCACCUCAACACCACGCCCAAACACCCACCCGUCGACAUCACCAUGGUCCCAUGACUACUAUUCACAGCUAAUAACAAUCCCAACCCUCCCGCCAGCCAUUGGCCCACCACCGUCGUGCAAACCUUCCAACCACCCACCCGAACAACGACCCCAUACGCCCAACCAACUCCUCCCUCAGCGAAACCCCCAUUAGUCACACGACCACACCACGAAACAAACCACAACCACAACCACAACCUGAGCCCCAACCACAGCGCACGCACGCACACAAAAAAAAAGAAAAAUGGCCACGGCCCCGCAACCACCCCCCUUCCAAACCGCCCUCCUCGCCGGCGCCCUCGCCGGCACGACGGUCGACCUCUCGCUCUUCCCGCUCGACACACUCAAAACCCGCCUACAAUCCUCCACCGGCUUCUUCGCCUCGGGCGGCUUCCGGGGCAUCUACCGCGGAGUCGGGUCCGCAGUCGUCGGCUCCGCUCCGGGGGCCGCCUUCUUCUUCUGCACGUACGAGGCGAGCAAGGCCUUUUUGGCUUCCUCGCCCACCUUCUCCCCCUCCCCCCACCAAAACGGGAGCAGCAGCGGCGGCCACCAGGCGAUGAUCCACAUGGCCGCCGCCUCGCUGGGGGAGAUCGCGGCGUGCGCGGUGCGGGUGCCGACCGAGGUGGUCAAGCAGCGGGCGCAGGCCGGGCAGCACGGGGGCUCGUCGCUGCGGUCGCUGCGGCACAUCCUGGCGCAGCGGCACAGCGGGGUGGGGUUGGUGGGCGUGUGGCGCGAGCUGUACCGCGGGUGGGGCAUCACGGUGAUGCGCGAGGUGCCCUUCACCAUCCUGCAGUUCCCGCUGUGGGAGGCGCUCAAGGGCUGGGGCCGCGAGCGGCGCGUGCGUACCGGGCGGGGGUUGUUUGGGGAUGUGAGUGCCCAUCCGGUUCAUGCGGGCGGUGGUGGGCAGGGCGGGGGCGUGGUUGGGGAGGUCAGCGCGGCCGAGUCGGCGCUGUAUGGGAGUAUAUCGGGUGGUGUGGCGGCGGCGGUGACGACGCCGUUGGAUGUGCUCAAGACGAGGGUCAUGCUGAGCUCGCAGAGGGAGACCAUGGCGAGCAUAGUGCGGACGAUACUGAGGGAGAACGGGGUCAGGCCGUUCUUUGCGGGUAUCGGGCCGAGGGUCAUGUGGAUUAGUGCUGGCGGCGCGAUAUUCUUGGGCAGCUACCAGUGGGCGGUAAACGCGCUGGAGAAAAGCAGGCUGGUAAUAUGA